GAAGAACCAGAAAAGCAACAAAUUUCCCAGGGAAAUUUAAACGUUGCUGCUAGAAAUUGACCAGUUCAACUUAAAUAUCAAGAGGUUCGCUUUUAAACGGCGGCGUCUAAUCGCGCUUUUCUCUUAUAUAAAGGCAUUUGAUUUGCCCCCAAUUGGAAUAAUUUUAGAAAUUCUACCGCCUUCUUCUCAAUUCCCAAAUUCCUUCAUUCCCGAUUUCCCAUAUUGAACGUGACCUAAUUCCAGAAUUUGACCCUAAUUUGGCUCUCCAUUCAUUCCAUCUACCGGAAUUGGAGACUAUCUCCGUCGCUGAAUCCACUACCAUUGCCACACCACGACCACCACCACCACCACCUCCGGCAGCUCUCACGCUGAUUCAGCUCUGACCCGUCCCGUAACAAAAGAUGGACAAUAUUGUGGACAAUCUGAAUAAUGCAUAUCAAGAAUUUGUUGCUGCAACUGCAAAUGUACUUGAAGCUAAGGCUAGCUCUGAGGGUCAGAAAACACCGGCUACAGAUGCAGCUUUGGAAAACUUUAAGCAGCGUUGGGAACUGUUUAGAGUUGCCUGUGAUCAAGCUGAGGAGUUUGUGGAGUCUGUGAAACAGAGAAUAGGUUCCGAGUGCCUUGUCGAUGAGGCCACUGGUUCUGUUACUGGGAACCCAGGGCAGGCCGCCUCGAGUGGGCUUCCUCCGAUAAGUGCAGUUCGGCUGGAGCAGAUGAGUAAAGCUGUCAGAUGGCUCGUACUUGAACUUCAGCAGGGGUCAGGAAAUGCUGCUGCUUCUUCACACUCCCAUUCUCCAGCUCCUUUUGAUGCAAGGUUUUCUGAAGAUGCAGCUCAAUAGGUAUGCGCUGAGGUGGCCUGGUGUUUCAGUUUGUUUUGUAUGUUCUUUGCACAAUAACCUUCCUGUUAUAGAAGCGUGACUCAGUUGAAUAUUCCAAACAAAGUUUGACAAAAUUUGUGUAGUAUUUUGGAUAUGCAGCUUUUAUUUUCAUGCAUUGGUUCUAUGGUGAUCCUUAUCUUAUGUCAUUAUUGUGAUUGCAAAUGGUAACUCAUUCUAUGACAGAAUGCAAAGGUGGUGUUACUAGGUUUCCUGCUCAAGUUAUUCUUUUUAGGAAAGAUGACUAUCAUUUUCUUUUUGUUUCUCCCUUCUGGCGAAUCCAGCCAUUGAAUGAGGCAGUAUUUGCGACUAAAUUCAUCUUAAAUUUAUAUUUGAAUGUAACUAAGGCCCAUCUUUUUUGUUUCCUGAUGUCAAAAUGGCAGUUUUUUUUUGUGUUUAUUGUUUUCUAUCAUGGGUAUCAAAGUCUAUUAAUUUGUAAACUUCUUUUGUUAUAUUUAAGUCUAGCACCAUUCCAAUAUAUUCCAAUUUUUAUUUUUUAUUUUUUGGUCUUCUAUAGCUUGAGCAAAAGUUACUUGAAGUUAUUAUUUAGUUGUUAAUUGGAAAAAAUGGCAAAUAUCUUUGUACAUUUCAUCUUAUUAUCCCUGUCAGCAAAAAGAUUAUAUAAAUUUUGUUGCAGUUUACAAAGUUUGACAAACAAAGCUCAUCCCGGCUUCUCACUAAAAGUAGAAAUGACUUCAAUAAGUGAUAUGUAAACGAAUGUUCUGUUGGUAGGCACUUCCCGUUUUCAGAUGUUGGAUUGGCUAUGAAGAUUAAAAAUUUUGGUUAUUGUUUCAGAUUUGAGUGGGUAAUGAUUUUUGGUUUUCAUCCAAUUGACUUUGGUCCGUUAUUCAGACCAUGAUGGGUCUCAUGUAAUGACGUCAAUCGAACUAUAUUAUGGCCUAGAAAGCCUUGUGACUGUGAUACUCAUGUUAAUCACUGUUUGUAAGUCUUUGGUUGGGUGGCACAUACCCCCGCCCCCAGGCUCACAGAUUCUAAUUGUAUGUGGUUCUUGUUGUGGUUCUCUGUAUUUCUUGGAAUUCUUGGAAGUUACUAGCUUUCUGAUUAAAAUCUCUCGUUUACAGUUCUGGAAAUAGCAUCAUCUAGAGGCUUUUCAUGUUGUUUUCAGUUAGUGGAAAUUUAUCGAUUUUUCAAAGUUUUGUAUUGGUUUCAUUGCUUAACAUUGAAUCUCAUUUCACAGAGUUUGAUUUUUGGACUUUCUAGUAUUGCUUGUUGGAUCGAUGUUCAGGUCCCCAAUCCUAUCAUUAUUGGUUAACAUGUAUGAUUAGAUCGUUGAAGCUAUUUAUAUUUGGCUGUGAACCUGCUGGUUUGUAGUGAUUUUAGGGAGAGAUUCUAAUCAAGACUGCUCAGGACAGCCAUUCGAUUUAUAGCUCUAGAUAUCGAGUUUCUGGCAGUAUAACAUUUUAUCAUGGUACUGAACAUAAUGGGGGAUACAGGUGACCUAGAGCCACCAGGAUUAAUGAAUCUGUAUACUGUUGAAUUGGUACCCUGGUUUAUGGAUGGCAUAAUGGGUAUCCAGUUGCUCAAAUGGUUUUGUAACAUGUCCACAUAAUGCUGUUGCUCAAACCAAUGUUACUGUAUGCCGCAAGUUGGUGUGAUACUGUCACCAAACGGUCUGCUAAAGUUGUAUACUGCUGUUCAAAUGACUGAAAAUGGAUUGCCACUAGAUUCACGGGAACCUCAGUCAACUGUAGCUGUUGAAGAAGAUGGUAUAGAUCAAAAUGAACUAGCUUCAAAUAGUCUUGCUGAGGAACUCUUGAGGAACCUGACAAUGGUAGAGUCAUCAAUGUAAAGGGGCAACCGUGGUUGAAAAGUUUAAUAAGGCAAAUCUGUUUGGAAAGGGAUGCAAUGCAGUGAUUGGGGUAAUCAAACACAUCAUGUGCAAACGUACAACUUGUUGCAAUACAAAGGAACCAGCGUGUGAGGAAGGAACCCGCUAGACUCAAGGAUUGCAUUAGAUAUUAAUUAAUUAAGGAAUAUAGUGCUUAUUGAUGCCUAGAGCAUAUUCUGUUUAUUAUGAUUUGGUUGGUCAACGGAGCCUAUCUACCGUUAGUGACAUGUGAGACAUUAUCUAGAUGAGACUAUAUAUGUAUGGACAGGAGUAGCAAAAGAGGAAGAAGAAAAAAAGUUAUUUUGCUGUCUUAU